CUCUUGAGAAGUUUCUCGGCUUUAACUACUAGGAAGCUAAAAAAAAAAAAAAAAAAAAAACUACUACGAAGCUGCAAAUAUAAAACCCUAAUAAAGCCCCCUCUCUCACUCCCCUCACUCCUCAUUGACAAAAAGUAUCUGAAUCUUCCCUAGCCAUGGCGAUUAUCUCAGACUUCGAAGAAGAGCAAGAGCAGAAGCCCUCAUCUUCGUCUCCUCUGGAACCUUCUGCAGGCUCGUACGACGAAGUUCUGAAGCCGAUCCUCGACCGUCAAGGCCCACUCGGGCUAUUGGAGGCUGUGUUCGACUUCGCUCGCCGAAAAUCCGAUCUUUUCAAUGAUGAUGCGGUCGAGAAGAAGAUCUCGGCCAUGGUUUCUGCAUCGAAGUUGAAAUACACCGAGGAAAAGAAGAAAAAGGCCGCGGCCAGGGGUUUGGAGGAUGCUGGCAAGGCCGAGAAACGAUUGAAAGAGACCGAGAAGAAGGAAGUAAUGCAGGAGUCGCCCAAGAAUGUUGCGCCUCCGUCGAAAGAAGCCAAGCAGGAGAAGGAAAUAGCGGCCGAGUCCAAGGAGAACGGUAAAAAGGGAAACCUACGAGAGCCAAAUAAAGGAAAUGGCCUUGAUUUGGAAAAUUACUCGUGGACACAAACUCUACAAGAAGUCACAGUUAAUAUUCCAGUGCCUCGUGGAACUAAAUCAAGGUUUGUUGCCUGUGAGAUAAAGAAAAACCGUCUGAAGUUUGGACUCAAGGGUCAGCAGCCUAUCAUAGAUGGUGAGCUUUACCAGUCUGUCAAGGUCGAUGAUUGUUUUUGGAGCAUAGAGGAUGAGAAAUUUAUCUCUGUUCUAUUGACCAAACAAAAUCAAAUGGAGUGGUGGAAAUAUCUAGUGAAAGGUGAUCCUGAAAUUGAUACCCAGAAGGUGGAACCUGAGAAUAGCAAACUCUCUGACCUAGAUCCUGAAACUCGUCAAACUGUAGAAAAGAUGAUGUUUGAUCAGCGACAAAAGUCCAUGGGUCUUCCUACAAGUGAUGAGAUGCAGAAACAGGAAAUUCUUAAGAAAUUCAUGGCCGAGCACCCUGAAAUGGACUUCUCCAGAGCAAAAAUAUCAUAAAGGCGGCCGUUGCUUCCAAGUUCUCUUAAAAGGGCGUAUCUGGUUUGCUUUGGUGCACCGUUUUUCUAAUGGUUGGUCCUUCUUGCAGAUGCAGCUAGUUCGUUUUUUUUGUCUGUUCCCCUUACCUUUUUGUUUGCCGUUCUUUCUCGUUUUCUUAAGUGUAAUGAGAAUGUGGGAAGGACAGAAGAAAGAAUGGUAGGCCUUGUUCAUAUGAGCCUGCCCUCUUCUCUACUUGCAUUUCCCAGACGAUAUAUAAAUUAUUGAUAUUUUAUUUUUGA